AUGGAUCCUUCGACAGAGUCGCCUAAUAAGGCGCAAUCUGAUAUAUCCCAUCCGAAGAAUACUCAGUCAUGGUUCCCUCGACGUCUUUCAAUCGAAGAAGGCGGCAUUGAACGGGUCACAGAUGAAGAAAGACAACAGAAUACAACCAAAUUCUGGAAUGCAACUACUUUCUGGUUCAGUGCGAACAUGGCUGUUGCCACCUUGAACAUCGGCUCCAUUGGGGGAUCCCUAGGCCUUGGGUUCUGGGACUGUUUUAUAGUCAUUCUUGUAGUCAACCUGGCUAGUGAUCUCUUGCCAGCUUGGACGGCGACAUUUGGAUUGACGGGAUUGCGAAUGACGACUUUCUCGCGAUACUCGUUCGGAUACUGGGGCAACAUGCUCGUCGUCGUGUUUUCAAUGAUCGCAACCACUGGAUGGAACGCCAUCAACUCCAUCUCCGGCGCUUCAGUCCUCAACGCUUUGUCAAACGGAAGGUUUCCAACAUGGGCAGGAGUCAUCGUCAUAUGUACAUUUGUCUGGGUGAUUUGUGCACUGGGCAUCACAUGGAUCCACCGACUAGAUGCAUUCAUCUGGAUUCCUCCGUUGAUUGUCUGGUGUGUCGCUGCUGGAACAGGGGCAUCUUCGUUUACAUCUGAAGCCCCUCGGGUACUAGAGGGCGCGGACAAAGCAGCGGCUGUUUUGACUUAUAUGGCCAGUAUUUUCUCCUUCUCCGUUUCGUGGGUCAAUUGUGCUGCGGACUACAAUGUGCGCAUGCCCACUGAUACUCCCCGCUGGAAAAUCUUCAGUGCUACAUAUGUUGGCAUCUUCUUCCCCACUGUGCUGGUUCAAUCUUUGGGAGCAGCGAUGUAUAGCGGGACAGUCACUAAUCCGGAAUGGAAGGAGGCGUACUCUUCCUCCUCGAUUGGCGGACUACUUGAGAUGGCAUUAAAGCCCGCAGGCGGAUUCGGGAAGUUUCUCAUGGUUCUUGCGGCUCUGAGCGCGAUACCAAAUAACAUCCCAAACAACUAUUCGUUCGCACUUCAUGCGCAAAAUCUCGGUUCAUGGGCAAUUCGAGUUCCCCGAGUCAUCUUGGUCACAUUUGGCUUUACAGCGGCUAUUAUCGUCGGAUGUUUCGCAGCAAAGUACUUUGAAGACACUUUGCAAACAUUGCUCAGUGUUAUUGGAUACUGGACAGUGAUCCACAUAACGCUCGUACUGGAAGAGCAUUUCAUCUUUCGGCGCAGCUGGAAGGCAUACGACUUUGAUGCUUGGAAUAAUCCAGCCCUUUUGCCGUUCGGGUGGGCAGCAAUCGGGGCAUUUGCGUUCGGUUUUCUGGGAGCCGCCGUUGGAAUGAAAGUGGCCUGGUAUAGCGGGCCAAUCGCAUCCUUGAUCGGUAAAAAAGGAGCGAAUAUUGGCCAUGAGCUCACUUUUGCAUUUUCUGGCCUUGUGUUCCCCGUCUUUCGCUGGAUUGAGAAGAAAUAUGGAGGUCAUUGA